CUUCUUCAAGGCUGCCGAAGCAGGAGGGCUCGCGGGGGAGGAGGCCCGCCGGCUCGCUGCCCCUUUGAUCAGCAGAGCGGCUCUGCGCCUCCCCUCUGCCCGCUGCGCUGCUGAACAGACCGACCGGCUGCUCUUGCCUUGCAGAGUGGAACUUUUUAAAGCCAUUCGUCGUGAGCAAGCGUUUGAAAAUGCCUGUCCGAAGGGGGCAUGUGGCCCCGCAGAACACCUACCUGGAUACAAUCAUCAGGAAAUUUGAAGGACAAAACCGCAAGUUCCUCAUUGCCAAUGCACAGAUGGAGAACUGUGCCAUCAUUUAUUGCAAUGAUGGUUUCUGUGAGAUGUUUGGCUACUCUCGAGUGGAGGUGAUGCAGCGCCCCUGCACCUGUGAUUUCCUCACUGGGCCUGACACUACACACAACUCCAUUGCACAGUUGGGGCAGGCAUUGCUUGGAUCAGAGGAAUGUAAGCUGGAGAUUCUCUACUACAGGAAAGACACGUCAUGCAUUCGGUGCUUGGUGGAUGUGGUCCCUGUAAAGAAUGAAGAAGGGGUAGUCAUCAUGUUCAUCCUGAACUUUGAGGAUCUGGCAGCCCUCAUUGCCAAAAGUGCCCGACAGAGCCUUCACCAGCGACUGUCCCAAGGAUGGCGAACAGGUCAAAAUAAGAGCUUGAAGCUUAGUCUCCCACCCCUCCAGCGUUUGGCACUUCCAUGGAAAUCUCUGACUGCCACUGAGUUUGAUGGAGUAGCUAUUGACUGUGGAAAGCCUGGAGGGGACUCCUUAAAACUGAGGGAGUUGAAGAUGCUGCCUGCAGAUAACUGUGCCCAAACCGAAACUGAAGCACUCCUUGGGAAGGAGAGGAGGUCAAGCCUGGAGACCGCACCUGCCACUGAAGCACACCAUUCACCCCCAGCGCAAGAGCUGCCUUCCCUAGGGCCUCGAGGGUCAUUCCCUGGCAGGAGCUUGGGCCAGAUCCUGCCUGGGGGCAGCUUCCAUAGCCUCUGCCAGGUCUCCUCACUGGAGAAUUUGGAGGCUGAGUUCCAGAGAAAAUUCAGGGAAAGGAGGGCAAACUCAGAGUCCACCCAAGUCAAGCCCAGUCAAAAUUUCACAUCAGACUCGGACCUCAUGAAGUACAGGACAAUCAGUCAGAUUCCACAAUUCACCCUCAAUUUCGUGGAAUUCAACCUAGAGAAACACCGGUCAGCUUCUACCACCGAGAUUGAGAUCAUUGCACCACAUAAGGUGACCGAACGCACACAGAAUGUAACCGAAAAGGUCACACAGGUCCUGUCACUGGGAGCUGAUGUUCUCCCUGAAUACAAGCUACAGGCUCCACGCAUUCACCGAUGGACCAUCCUGCACUACAGUCCUUUCAAGGCAGUAUGGGACUGGCUGAUCCUGCUGCUAGUCAUCUACACAGCUGUGUUCACACCCUACUCAGCUGCCUUCCUGCUCAAUGAAGAGCAGGAAGAGAAGCUCUCAAACUGCAGCUACACGUGUGACCCACUCUACAUCAUUGACCUUAUUGUGGACAUCAUGUUUAUUGUUGACAUUAUCAUCAACUUCCGCACCACUUAUGUAAAUAUCAAUGAUGAGGUAGUAAGCCAUCCAGCAAAGAUUGCUAUCCACUACUUCAAGGGUUGGUUUCUUAUUGACAUGGUGGCUGCCAUCCCCUUUGAUUUGCUCAUCUUCCGCUCUGGAUCAGAUGAGACAACAACUUUGAUCGGAUUGCUGAAGACAGCACGGCUCUUGCGCCUGGUGAGAGUAGCACGCAAGUUGGACCGGUAUUCUGAGUAUGGAGCUGCUGUACUCUUCUUGCUCAUGUGCACUUUUGCCCUCAUUGCCCAUUGGCUAGCCUGCAUUUGGUAUGCCAUUGGCAAUGUGGAGCGGCCCUACAUGGAGCAUAAGAUCGGGUGGCUGGACAAUCUCGGUGACCAGAUUGGCAAGCGCUACAAUGACAGUGACCUCUCAUCUGGCCCCUCCAUCAAGGACAAAUAUGUAACUGCUCUCUACUUCACCUUCAGUAGCCUCACCAGUGUAGGCUUCGGCAAUGUCUCACCUAAUACCAACUCAGAAAAGAUCUUCUCCAUCUGUGUCAUGUUGAUUGGCUCUCUCAUGUAUGCCAGCAUCUUUGGCAAUGUCUCUGCCAUCAUCCAGCGCCUUUACUCAGGCACAGCUCGCUACCACACCCAGAUGCUGAGGGUUAAGGAAUUCAUUCGCUUCCACCAAAUCCCCAACCCGUUACGCCAGCGCCUGGAAGAGUAUUUCCAACAUGCCUGGUCCUACACCAAUGGCAUCGACAUGAAUGCGGUGCUGAAAGGGUUCCCUGACUGCCUACAAGCAGAUAUCUGCCUCCACCUCAACCGCACCCUCCUCCAAAAUUGCAAAGCAUUCCGAGGAGCUAGCAAAGGCUGCCUACGGGCCUUGGCCAUGAAAUUCAAGACAACCCAUGCACCACCUGGUGAUACCCUGGUGCACUAUGGAGAUGUCCUCACCACUCUCUAUUUCAUCUCACGUGGUUCCAUCGAGAUCCUCAGAGAGGAUAUUGUAGUUGCCAUCCUAGGGAAGAAUGACAUCUUUGGAGAGCCUAUCAGUCUUUAUGCCAGGCCUGGGAAAUCUAAUGCAGAUGUGAGAGCCCUCACUUAUUGUGACUUGCAUAAGAUUCAGCGGGAAGACCUUCUGGAAGUCUUGGAUAUGUACCCAGCCUUCUCAGAUAAUUUCUGGAGCAAUCUGGAGAUAACAUUUAACUUGAGAGAUGCAGAUAGUGUUCCUCGUUCACCACUUAGUGAGGAGUAUGCAUGCAACUAUCGCCGGAUACGCCGCCAUAAGCAUUCGCUUUGCAAAACUAACAAAAUUGACCCAGAUGGUUUGGAUGCAGGCAUCUCAGACCCUGAGCAGUACCACGCAUACUCUGAGCUCACACAGCUGCAGCAUCCUCACAGUAAGGAUCAUUGGGAUGAUAUGUGCAGCACUACAACACCCUGCUCCCAGACAAGUGAAGAGGAGGCCAAGAUACCCAGCCCUACCAAGGGUGAAUCUUAUACAGCCACUGAGAAGAGCACCUACACACCAGCAGUGGUAAACCUGAUUAGUGAUGGCACUGAGGCUGACAAAAUGGUGACUGAGGAUAGCCUGUCCUACAUAGCAACACCACCGAAUAUUUCUAACUUAUUCACAUUUUGGGAUGACAAGAGGCCCAGCCCUCUUACAGAGUCUCUCCAACAGAUAUCCUUGGUACGUAACACAUUGGACAUGCCGUCAAACUUGGACGAGAGACCACGGCAGAUUGAAUCCAAAUUAGAGUGCCUACAGGCACAGCUUAGCAGACUGGAAUCCAGGAUGACUUCAGACAUUAGUCUCAUCCUGCAGCUACUGCAACGACAGCUAUCUCAAGUGCCACCAGCAUAUAGUCCCAUCUCUCCCUCUUCCCAACAUGUGGGUUUGUACAGCAUGAGCCUGAGGAGCACAGAACCUGUUCCACCACUGCAGGAAGAGGAGCUGACUCCCACAAAGGAGAUUCCAAGCUACACAGAAGUUGAAAAAUACCAGCUGAAAUCCAGGGACUCCUUGUCAAGUGGUGUGCACCUGACUGUGGCUUCAGAUGAAACCAUGACAAUGAGUUCUGAGCAAGAACAUUACCCACAGAUCCUGCCAAACCAAGAGCCCUAUGAAAGGACACCAGGCAACCAGAGACUCUUCCGAGAAACUCGCUUCCCUUCUCUCCCUGAGCAUCUUGAGACACCUUCUGAGCAUUUGGACAUUCAGAGACAUCUCUCUGACCCGUUGCUUCCUGCAACUUAGGAAUCCAAUUGCAUUCAAAACCAAGAAAAAAGGAAACUGACAAGAGGAAGCUGGUUUUAAUUGUUGCACUUGGAGGUCAAUAUUUAUGGUUCACAGUAUUACUUGUAGCUAUCUCCUGUCCUCUGUGAACAAAGGGCAGGUCAAAAGUGGUUGGCUUCCAAGAUUAUUGGUCUGAAAAUGGUUCUCCAUAGAGUAGACUUCAGGUGCACAUCCCACACACGCCCAGGUUCUAAGAAGAAUGACAUAGCUACUGACUGAUCACUUCUUUCUCACCCCAAUUUUGCAUCUGUUUACUGCAAGCUCUGUGGAUGUUGAGGCCUAUAUCUACCAUGUUAUAUGGUACCAAGCAUGGUGGAACACUGGAGCACUUCCAUAAUAUAAAAUAAUAAAGGGAGAUUGUGUCUGGAUGCAAGGAAACUGCUAAAAACUUGACAGCUGCUUUGAGGGAGUAAAGGAAGGAAGGAAGGGUAAAGUAAUACCACCACAUUUUACCUGGUAUUAUACUCAUGUACAUGACCUACCCUAAGACAUAGCAAUGGUCACCUGGGGCAGAAGCAAGAAAAAAAUGUUUUUCUUGCAUAGACAAUCUCUGUGAAAAAAAUGUGCAGAGUGAAAAGGAGCAAUGUGCAGUACAGUCCUAUGAAGGGCUACCAAAGGGAUUUCAGAGCCUGCUGUUCAUAUUCAUGUCUGUUUCUAGGAGAUGCGAUCCUUGACCACAUGAUAGCUCCUCUCAGCCCCCACCUCGAGCUCUAUAAUUUCCCCAAACUGCACAUCCCUGUCUGUAGCCCUGAACAGUUGUAUAUUUGCUUGUUAAUAAACAUGUUCCACUGAAUUCAGUGGUGCUUACUACCAAAUAUGCAAGCAUAAGGCUACAGCCUCAAGGUAUGAAGAACAAGUCAGGGUCUAGAAUCCUUGUUCUCCUGAACGUCCUGACAAACACACCUCUGAGCCUAGGCUAAUAGGGAAAUAUUCUCCCAUGCUUUGCUUACUAAUUUUUAAAGUGGCAGUGACACUCUCAGGGAAGAGCCUAGGGAAAAAAAGAAAUUCCAAAAAUAUGUUUCCCACAUGUUUGCAACAUUAUAGUUUUGCCUGGCUUUGCAUUACAUUCCAGGAAAAACCAGCCUUGUAGUUAGCCACUUGCUUAGGAUAACAAUUCCUUCUUGGACCUGGUAUCUUGCCAAAAGUUGCUCAAGCCAUAAUCCAAAAUGCAGGCAGGCUGGGAUUUUUUUAACUCAAUCUUCACCCCCCCGCCCCCCAUUAUCAUCCGUCAAUUAAAUGCUGCAAUGGUCCUAAGCCACUAAUCCAAACUAACAUAUUACACUCCCAGUGAGAGUAGCAGGGAGGAAGGGGAGUAACUGUGAGCAUUUUCUUUCUUUUUUCUUUUUGUUAGCGUAUACUUUGCUAAUAAAGAUUAUUUUGACACCUA